CCUCGGGAGCCGGAGAGACUCGCCGAGGGAGCAGCCCGAGAAAGAGGCGGCGACGAGGAGCGGUCACGGCGCAACCUCUUCCCGUCACUGGGAGAGGGUGGGCGAAGGCUCGCAGGGCCCUGGGAGCCCCGGUCGCCACUGCUGCCGCCAUGAAUCCUGCACACGCCUUAGGACCGGCCCGAGAAAGCAAGCCGGCCGGCCGGAGGGAGCUGCUGAGGGAAUAGGGAGCGGGCGCUGAGUGCUCCCAGCCCGUUACGUUGGAGUCAGGCCAGCCACCUCCGUGUCCAUGAGCCCGCCGCCUUCCCGUCAGAGGAGCUGCCGCCCCCGCCGCCGCCGCCGCCUUCACCUGCAGCCACACACCGGGGCGCACGCUUCUCCUGUUGCCGCCCCCGGCGGGUUCAGGUCCCUCGGCCCCCCUGCGUCCUUUCCUCUGCGUAGCAGAAGGAAAAGACAACAGACUGCAGUGUGAAGAGAAUGGCUGUGACCAUAGAACAGGCCCAAAGGGCGGGCUAUAUAUUUCUGAAAGCACUCUUAAGAUUUGGCUUUAUGGUUGCUAAUAACCUUGUUGCUAUUCCGUCCUACGUUCUAUAUUUAAUAGUACUGCAACCUCUCCGAUUGUUGGAUAGUAAAAGAUUCUGGUAUAUUGAAGGAGUAUUAUUUAAAUGGCUUCUGGCGAUGGUAGCAUCCUGGGGCUGGUGGGCAGGAUAUACAGUUGUGGAAUGGGGAGAUGAUGUUAAAACAAUCUCAGAAGACGAAGCUGUGAUGCUGGUGAACCAUCAAUCAACAGGGGAUGUUUGCACUCUAAUGAUGUGCCUUCAGGACAAAGGCACGGUUGUUCGACAGAUGAUGUGGCUGAUGGAUCAUAUUUUUAAAUAUACUAACUUUGGAAUAGUAUCUCUAAUUCAUGGAGAUUUCUUUAUAAGACAGGGAAAAGCUUUUCGUGACCAGCAACUUGUGCUUCUCCAGGAACAUCUAGAAAAAUAUUACAGGAGCCGUGGUCGCAAGUGGAUUGUAUUGUUUCCAGAAGGAGGUUUUCUUCGAAAAAGAAGAGAAACAAGUCAGGCAUUUGCCAAGAAAAACAAUUUGCCAUUUCUCACACAUGUUACAUUGCCAAGACUUGGGGCCACACAAGUUAUACUGAAAAACCUUGUAGCUCAGCAAGAAAAUGGAACUCUGGCAGGCGGAGAUGCUCCAGAAGCAGAAAGUAAACCAAAAGGUCUUCAGUGGGUGAUAGAUACAACGGUUGCCUAUCCCAAAGCUGAACCCAUAGACAUCCAGACUUGGAUUCUCGGCUAUAGACGACCAACAGUUACCCAUGUACAUUACAGGAUUUUUCCAAUUAAAGAUGUACCUGUUGAGCCCGAAGCCCUCACUGUCUGGUUAUAUCAGCGGUUCAUUGAAAAAGAGGAUCUCUUGUCACACUUUUACAAAACAGGAGCGUUCCCUCCCCUUCAGGGACAGACAGAAGUUAUUUCCCGGGAAAUGACCCUUAGCAAUUUGUGGCUAGUUCUUGUACAGUGCUUUGCAUUUCUGUCAGGUGGUAUGUGGUACUGUGUUCUUCAGUAUUUUUAUCAAUGCCUAUUUUAAAAGGUGAAUGGAUGGCACCUGAAUACAUGAUGAGAAACUUGAUACUUUACAGAAUGCAUCACGUUAUAUGUGCAAAUGUGAAUAUACAAGGUGAAAGGAGUAUACUGGAUAGACUUUCUUCCCUUUUGGGGGAUUUUAAACUCUGGUAGAAGAGAGGAUCAGUAAUAUAGUGACCUAAUGAUGUACUUUAAGAACUCUAUAUUUUUGGAAAGUAUGUCUCCCCACACAACUACAUCAGCAAAUUCAACAUUUGAGCAGGAGAUACAAUGAUACAACCAUCACAGGUAACCAUCUGUAGCAAGAAUGCAUUCACGACAGAUAGUGUUUGGCAUUGUAGUUAAAACGUGGAAUCUUCAACAACUUUCUCUUCGGUAGUCUGUACUGCAAGUCUUGUAGUAGAGAUCCCUCAUCUGCACAAACAUGGGUUCUGUUGUAAUCAAUCAAACUGGAUCUGUUUCACAUACUCUGCAGACCUGGUUAUGAUAUUGUGACCGCCCCAUGUUACUUGUUUAGUAGAGACAUUUUUAAAAGUAUCUUAUCUCAGUGAAAUCUUAUAUUGGAAACCUAGAAAAAGAAAACUAUUCUGUGACAAUGCAUUACAGUGUCAUGAAGUAUUGAAAGAAUUGUGCAUACCUCAUAGACCCUUCUAUUUUUACCAUGUUUUCUGUCCUUAAAUCUCUAGUGAGUUUUCUCUUGUAAGGGUGGUUCAAAAAUGGCAUAUGACUUACAUUUGCUUCCCAUUUGGGUUUUGGAAGGCAUUUCAAACGGAUUAACACACAGAGAGAGGUCUUUCUGAAAAAUGCACUUUUGAAAAUGCAGUACAGCGAUAGCCAGGAACACAGUAUGAAAAAAGUAUAGGUGUUGUUCCUAAUGGAUUGGAUUAUUCAGAGCUAUUAGUUUAGAACAGUCUGUGGAUUUUCAUUUCAAAAUUGUGAGUUGCCAUGGUCAAGCCAAUUUAUAGGGGCCUUCAUUUCCAUUGGAUACAACGGCACUUAGAACAUCUGUGAGAGGGUUUGUGUACAUAUUUGCCAAGCACCUCAAUGCUUUGCUUAUAGGAAAAAUAAGGGGAAGUUAGCAUAGUCAUAGAACAGUAUACCUAGUCAUUGGGUGAAACAAAUAGGAAACUGCUUUACAAUCUUGAGCUGUUGCAACAAAUCUCUAAACCAUGAAGGGCAUUACUACGUCUGUCAUCUUGCUGAAAAAUAUCACUGUUAUAGAAAGGGAAUUCAAGAGGCAGACUGGCACUAUAGCAGAUUUUUAGUUGAUAGCACUAUAGUUUUAUAAUGGUGUUGAAGGAAAGGUUUCGUUGUUUCUUAAUUAUCACUCUUUGAAUGUUUGGUAUCAUGUCUGUAUGACUGGCUACUAUAUAUACGUAAAAGAAUCAUUCCUAGAAGACGGUUAAUAAUUUACACAUACAGGCCUGUAGACUACAUUUUAUUGACAAUAUGUUGUCUUCUAUGCCUCUUUUGUUUUGUACAAGCAAAGCCAAGAUUAGUUGUCUGCUGAGUUUGGGGUAUAUGUUUUCCGGGAUUUUUACCCCAGAUCACAUGAGAACCAGUUUUGAUGAAUAGUAUACAAAAUAAAAACAUAAAGCUACAGGAAUAUAUUUUGCUCUCCUUUUGUUUUCAGAGGGUAAAAAGUCUGGGCGAAGAAGUGGCACCCCCCAAUUUAUAUCCGUAAAAUAUCAUCUAAUUAAAUAUUUUAAGUGUGAAAUACAUUUCAGCAUGGAUGUUAGCAUCCAGUAUCCAUUGUGGAAGAUUCACUGCUGUAGAUCAUUGAUAUAAUUACAUCACAGAUACAGGUUGUAUGUCAUUCAACCUUGAGUGCAAAAUGUCAUGUCCAAACCUUUUGUUGUUGUUGACACAUGGGUUGUUGAAUACUAAUAUAAAGGGGGGAAAUUCCAUCUUAAUGCAAAAGGAUACUAUUAAAAUUCAGAUUUCUUUUAUUUUUAAACUGGCUUGCCUUGUUGACUAGGAAUUAUAGCAAGAAGCAUGUUUCAUUUACUGCAUAGGAGGAAGUUGUUUCACAAGUUUAUUUCUGGUCACUUGAAAUCUGUGGCUAUAAAUCAGCUCCUGUCAAAUUACAAAUCUCUUGGAGUGGGAUAUAAAGCAGCAGCUGCUAUAGUGUUCAGUUUAUUUGAAUGUAUGGUCUGCUUUGUGAAUACUAAGUUUGUUCCGAAAACGAAGACUUCAGUAUAACUAUAGAUAGUAAAUUUUUUACUUAUGUCCUAAAAAGUUAGCCAUACAUCUGAGUAGCGCUGUUCCCUACAGACAUCAUUCAGUAUGAUAUAAACUAUACUGUAAUUCCUGCUUAAUGAAACAGCAGUGAUAGCCAUAGCUGUUAGUGUUACUUGACCACUUACUUCAGUUUGUUUCUGUUCACUUUUUUUAAAAAAUCAUUUUUAAGGUACAGAUAGCUAUUUGAAUGAUUCCAGCUAAAUUGGAAGAAAUUAAUUUUGUCACUCUGUUUUCAAAAUUUGUUUUCAUUGAUUUCAGCAUUCAUUAAUUUCAGUUAGACUCACUUCCAUAGAAUGUGUUUGCUUGUAAGUUGUGUUCCUUGUGCUCCUCUCUUGUUUCUGACCUGGCAUGUGUCUACAAGAUUAGGUAAUUGUGUCUCUUUUAUGGCUGACCAGGAGAAACUGUGAAAAUGCUGUUUUUAGGAACUUAUAAAUAAAAACAUCUUGUUGUUCUCAACUUUGAGUAUAAUUUUCAAAUCAGAAGACCAAAUCCAGAUUAUAUUCUUAGAAACACAGAAAUAAAAAGUAAGUUAGUUAACUUUUCUCCUGCCAUGGAGUGAAUGUGUAUGAAGAGCUGCAAUUCUGCAGCUGGCUGGUCUACAGUAUAGCAUUAUACCUUUUGGCAAAACAUCAAACUCCUUGGCAAUAAACUGACUUCACUUUGGGGGGGGGGGUUGUCAGAUAUUUAGUAGCUACCAAUUAGCCCUACAUUCAAUGUAGUAUUUCUUGGUCAAAGAUGAUAGACAUUGUCCUGGAUCCCCUGACUCUUCACAGUUGUUAUGGUACUAUAAAUCUCUGACAAGCUGAUCUUGAAAAUAGGUUUUGAGUAAAACUCCCAGAAUCCACCUGCCAGCAUGGCCGGCAGCUAUGCUGAAUGAGGAAUUCAGGGUGCUGUACAGUUGAGGAGGGGAGAGGAAAAUUAGGACGUCCUGAAAUAUAAUGAAUUGUUUUAACAUUCUUUGCAUCACCUAAUGCCACUUGAAUGGUAACAUAAUACCUUUAUUUCUUAAUCCAGAUAGGCAAUGCUGUUUUCCAACUUGCCGUUAUUAUACAUAUUUGACCAUAAGCAUAUUGCAUAUCUCUUACCAAUUGCAAGGGAUGAUGAGUAUAAGAACAAGCCUUUUACAGUCAUGGUCCAGCAAUAAUUGAAGACAAGAACGCGGUAGAUAAUCUGUGUUAAAUUAUUUUUACUGUGUAGCUCCUUUUUCCAUUGAAAAAAUACAUUGUAGUACCAACUUCUGUCCUUCCUUCAGUCCACUAAAUCAUUAAAAGAGGGUUGGAGAACACAUGUUUUUUCAGAUGCUGUUGGACUGCAGAUCCUGACUCCUAAUGGUGAGGAAUCAUGGAUGUUGCAGUCCAUCAUCAGAACAACCUCUCAAGAAGAUGUUUAAAAUAUCUGAAGACUGAGUUAUUUAUGAACAAGAAAUUGGUAUAGUCUUUAACAAUACAGAUUUACUGCCAUCCAAGUGAUGUAAGCCAUCAUCCAAAUCCCGUCCACCUCCCUGAGAUUAACCACUUCUUCUCUGUAGGUUUAUUUGUAACAUUACACCUUGUACUGUUUGAGCAAGCACUUCUCUUGUGGCUGCAAAUCUUCAGCAUUUUUGACUGUAUCAAAACUUCUGCCAGGUUUUAACAGACCUGCUUAAGUCUGUUUUAAAACUACUGUUCAACAUGAGUUUUUGUAAUUGUUAUCAUGAUCACAAAGUAUUGUUGAAUUGGACUCCAAUUUAAGUUCCAUGUUGAGCUAUCUGGAAGCCCAGAGAGAGAAAACAGAAGAGAAAGUUAAGAAGAAUAUUAAUGUGUAGAAUACAUAAUAGAUAAUAGGAGAUGUCUGAUGUACCACAGUAGCCUGAUAAGGUUUGUUCACUUUUAAAGAAUGCUACAAAUAAGAAAUCAGUGUUGCAAGACUGAAGUCUAAACAUCCCUUAGUAUAAAAUUUUCUUUAGAGGUCUAGUGCAGACAUGUAGUCCUUUUUAUCAUUACAACAUGAGAAUAUGCAGAUUAUUUUUUCAAACUAACCAAAACAGAAACAAAAGCUACUCCAGUAUCCUAACAGUAAUAUUACCAUUUUAUAAAUGGUUUUUAUGAUGCAGACAAAACACUUAAGAUUUUGCAUAGCCUGUUUUUGGGAAAGUGCUGGAGAUAGACUGAAUCUCAGUAUGCUUAGAUGUUUGCUACUUGUAGUUUCUCAUUUAUUUCCACAAAGAUAAAACAGUUUUUUAUAACUUAGUAAUUUAAAUGUAAUUUGUUGGUGAAUUUUUUUGAAUAAACAAAAGGGGGAGAGAUGAAGAAUUACCAUAAUUCUUGAGAAAUACAGAAUAUGAAGUGGUUUGGCUUUGCUAAAAAUAAGUUAUUUUUGCAAAUACAGUAUUUCAAAUAGAUGCUACAGUCCACAGCAGGUCAGUUAGCAUAGGAAGGUGAAAAUGGGCUCACAUGCAUGUGUGUGACAAAAUCACUCAAUAAUUGAUUACUUAUAAAUAUUAGGGAUGCCUUUAUGGAAAAGUGCUGCAUUUUCAGGUGAUAUGAAGCAUCUUCCUGGUGUUUCAAUGAACUGAGCCAGUUCAAAGCAAUUUGGGGGAACAGGGAAGACAUACGUAAUGCAUUGGCCUCAACAUUGUGCAGUCUGUGGAAAUAAUCCCGUAUAUCCUACUGAAAUGAGGUAUAUUUUAUAUGUUUUACAGAAAUGAGUGGUUUUUGCUUUUCAACUUUGCUUGGUUGUUAGUGGCUCAAAGUUUGACCAUCUUUAUCCUAAAUAUUCCGGGCACUAGCUCACUCCAUCUGCCUGUAGGAAAUCAUCAGCACCCAGAACAGUUUUGGGCACUCACUAGGCAUUAUGAAUUAGCUCGUGGACAAAAUAUUACACAUUCUUGGGACCAAAGCUUCAGAAAGUUUAUCACCUACAGAUUAAUAUGACAGAAAUGAUUUUGAGUGAGAUGCUUGACAAUUUGUAUUGUUUUUUAUUUUCAAUCAAAUCCACACAAUAAAGUCAGGAUGAUCAGUGUGUAUUUGUGGAUGAUGUUUCCCAGCCCAGCUAGUUGUAAAGGAUGCUGGGUUUGUAGUCCAACAGCAUUUGAAGGGCCAUAAAUGUCCAGUCUCUGCAAUAAAGAAAAUGUGAAGCUGCACAUGUAAUUACUAUACCAGAAUAGGAAAAGAGCCAGAAAGAAGUGCAGUUAGUCUUAGUGAAGGAAGGUUGAAAAGGGAAAAUUAACACCCUUGAAAUAGUUAUCAAGACUAUUUGUGAAUUAUUUUCAUUUCUUUUGUGCAAAACUUGUAUUGCACAGACUCUGUCCAUAAAAUGCUAAAAACUGUUGAGGUGGUGUUGGUGUUUGGUCUAUGCAUCUUACUCUUUAUAUUUCUUAGAUUUCCAGUACAACUAUGUAUUGAAGGACUGUUGUGUUGGAAUUAAUUUGCUGUAUACUAUGAAGUUGCUGUUGGGGUUUUAGAUGUCGUAUUCUUUAAUUAGAUCUUUCAACUUACCUGUUUUCCUUUCUCUCUCUCCCUUCAGCCACUUUCAUUUUAUGCAAUGUAUGAACAGAAUUAAUGCAGACAUCAUAAUGUGAUUCUGUUGAAGGGCUGACCACAUUUGGGUUUGUGUUUCUUUCAUAUUUGUUUGCCCAUCAGUAUAAAUAAAUUGUUAACAUUCUUGUCCUUAAGAGUUCAAAAUGUUUUCCCCUGCCCAGAAAAUAAAUGGUAUCUUUUAUUUCAUCAUUUUUAUUUAGUGUUUUCAUAUUUCUGUGUUCAUGUUACAAUUAUAAAUUCAAUGUUUGACAGGGACAAUAUUGUACUCAUUUUAUUUUGCUUAUUAUAAGACAUCAAAUGAAUUCUUGCUGAACUUUUAUGUCUAAAUUGGUUGAUUAUGUGGCUUGUUUGUAUUACUUCCAGUACAUUGUUAAAUAUAUAGUUCUAUUUGUAGUGCUCAAAAAUAAUAUAGAGCAGCCUUCACCAACAUGCUGCCCUCCAGAUGUUUUUGACUCCUCCUCUUGUCAUUCCUGACCAUUGAGUAUGCAUACUGAUGUUAGAAUCUGAAACACCAGGCUGGGGAAGGCUGGCAAAGAGAUGUUUCUGGAUGAGAAGGGAUUGGAUUGCUUUCUCUUUUAGCACAAUGUUACUGUAAUAACUCAACAGGCUUUUUUUCUGAAAGCAAUAUUACAAAAGAUUCAGAUAUGCUUAAGAGAUAAAAGAUACAGAUUUCCAAGAUAGGUUUCAAUAUGGAAAAAUUUAGACAGCAAGCUCUUUCUUAAAUAGGAUGCCAUGAUGCAUUUUCUGCUGCUGACCGAAACAGUUUUUAACUAAAAGAAUGAAUGACAGGAUGCCAUUCAUUCAAUGGGCCUACAACAGAGUUGUCUCUAGUAACUCUAAAAUCUAGUCCAGAUUAACAACAAAUCCACAAUCACUGUGGCUUUGUGGCCCAGCAGGAUUUGUGUGGAGGUACCAGUUCACAACAGCCAGCAUCUCCAUUGUGUUUUGCACAACUGUGUGGCCUGUUCUCUUGAAAUUGUAGCAGCUGUGUAGUAGCUCCCAAGUGGGUAUACCAGUUCACAGGAACACCACCAGAAGGUGAGCACUGCCAAGCAGCAAAUCUGGUAUCACCGCAAACCCUCUGAAGGUGCUUGCACAGGGCCACCGUUAGUCAAGAGUUGUUCUAGUCUUGUAGGUGCUUUAACACGGGACUAAGUAAACAGAAGCAAAUGGAACUCUUAGAAGCAGACGGAAGCACCUUGCACAACCCCCAAGAGCUGUGCAGUGGUUAAUGUCUACCUCUUUGUUUCCUGUCUGGUCUCUGUUUGGCUUUAAAUUUAUGUUCUUUGUGUUAACAACAAAAAAAUCUUAUAUCUUCUUCUUUUCCAAAGUUUAAAAAAAAGGGUGGGGAAACCUGAAAGCUGAAGAUUAAGGCGCUAAAGAGAUCCAGUGCUGAGCAGCCCUGUUCGGCACAUAUUUGAUAAAAGCCAUUGUUCUUAAUUCCUGAUAUAAACAAUGUUUGUUUGUAAAGUUUCUUCCUGCUGGGAAAAUAUGUAUUUUUAAAAGGAAAAAAAAUCCCUCUUGGCUAUAAGAAUGUCAGCUGUAUGAGCAGGUGUGACCAUAUCAUAACAUGCUGAUUGGAUAUAAAUCAAUAAAAUUUAUACCUCUCA